UAUAAACACGACUUUUGCUGUAAUGGAGCUAGCUAAUUAGCUAACUUCGAUAUAUUGGCCCAGUUAAUAAUAACAGCUUUUCUGAACCUCCAUGCUAAGCAGAACCCUCAACUUGGUUAGACGGCACAACUUUGGUAAAAGUGACUGGGAAAACGGGCCGUUAAAUGUAAACGCUUUUCGAUAUAUUGCAGCGGCUGGCUAGCUAGCGUUAGGUUAGCAGUGGUAGCUAGCUGGUAAACUCUCUUACCAAACACACUUCUAUCGAGCUAGUUAAGAGAGGUUAACAACUUCUGCUGACUUUCUUCGGCCUUUCUUGUCAGUGUUCUUGUCCACGAUGGUUUUACAGAACAGCGGGCGAUAUAAAGCGGACCGUAGCGGAGGAGAUCAGGACAACCCGCAGGAUGACGUUUCUGCCUUGUCCGCUGUCAAGCGGCUUGAACGCAGUCAGUUUACCGAUGAGAUGGACACACGCUUCGGCUUCGAGAGGAUGAAGGAGCCUGGCGAAAAAACUGGGUGGCUGAUCAACAUGCAUCCGACAGAGAUUCUGGAUGAUGACAAGAGGAUGAUUAGUGCUGUGGAUUACUACUUCAUCCAAGAGGAUGGCACCAGGUUUAAGGUUGCACUGCCCUAUAAGCCGUACUUCUACAUAGCCACUAGAAUGAACUGUGACAGAGAAGUGAUCUCCUUCUUGUCAAAGAAGUUCCAAGGGAAGAUAGCCAAGCUAGAGGCGAUCUCCAAGGAAGACCUAGAUCUGCCUAACCACCUGGUGGGAUUGAAGAGGACAUGCAUCAAGCUGUGCUUUAACACUGUGGACGACCUGGUGAAAGUAAAGCGAGAGAUCUGGCCAGCUGUGAAAAAGCACAGGGAGAGGGAGAAGUCCAAUGACAUCUACACGAACAUGCUCUCCAGUGCGCUGGUAGGGGGAAGCGUGAUGUCACCCGAGGAGGAUGGCUCGUCUAAGAGAAUGGCCGACCAGCUGGAUAACAUUGUGGACAUGAGAGAGUAUGAUGUUCCUUACCAUGUCAGGCUGUCCAUCGACCUCAAGAUUCAUGUGGCUCACUGGUAUAAUGUGAGGUACAGAGGCAGUGUUUAUCCUCCAGAGAUUGUGCGCAGGGAUGACCUGGUGGAAAGACCCGAUCCUGUAGUGUUGGCGUUUGAUAUUGAGACCACUAAGCUGCCCCUGAAAUUUCCUGAUGCAGAAACGGACCAGAUUAUGAUGAUCUCCUACAUGAUUGAUGGCCAGGGUUUCCUGAUCACAAACAGGGAGAUCGUCUCUGAUGACAUUGAGGAUUUCGAGUUCACCCCUAAGCCGGAGUACGAGGGUCCCUUCACUGUAUUCAAUGAGCCAGACGAGGCUGCUCUUAUUCAGAGAUGGUUUGAGCACGUCCAUGAGACCAAACCCAACAUCUUUGUGACUUACAACGGUGACUUCUUCGACUGGCCGUUUGUGGAGGCUCGUGCGGCCCAGCACGGACUGAGCAUGCACCAGGAGAUCGGCUUCCAGAAGGACAGCCAGGGCGAGUACAAAUCCAGCCAGGCCAUUCACAUGGACUGCCUCAGGUGGGUAAAGAGAGACAGUUACCUACCAGUAGGUAGCCAUAACCUGAAGGCAGCAGCCAAAGCUAAGCUGGGUUAUGACCCUGUGGAGCUGGACCCAGAGGAGAUGUGCCGCAUGGCUACAGAAGAACCCCAGACCUUAGCUACUUACUCUGUGUCAGAUGCCGUGGCCACCUACUACCUCUAUAUGAAAUACGUCCAUCCGUUUAUCUUUGCCCUGUGCACCAUAAUCCCCCUGGAGCCUGACGAGGUGUUGCGAAAAGGCUCAGGAACGCUGUGUGAGGCGUUGUUGAUGGUGCAGGCGUUUCAUGCCAACAUAAUUUUCCCCAACAAGCAGGAGCAGGUGUUCAAUAAGCUCACAGAGGACGGCCAUGUUCUGGACUCCGAGACUUAUGUGGGGGGCCAUGUUGAGGCUCUAGAGUCCGGAGUCUUUCGGAGUGACAUCCCCUGUCGUUUUAAAAUGAACCCUGCAGCAUUUGACGUCCUGCUUCAGAGGGUGGAGAGGACCCUUCGUCACGCAAUUGAGGAAGAGGAGAAGAUUCCACUGGAGCAGAUCACAAACUUCAGUGAGGUCUGUGAUGAGAUUAAGAGGAAGUUGAUCUCUCUGAAGGAAGUGCCCAACAGAAUCGAGUGUCCUCUUAUUUACCAUCUGGACGUCGGGGCCAUGUAUCCCAACAUCAUCCUCACCAACAGACUACAGCCGUCAGCCAUGGUGGGUGAGGCGGUCUGUGCUGCAUGUGAUUUCAACAAGCCUGGAGCCAGGUGUCAGCGGAGGAUGGCAUGGCACUGGAGGGGGGAGAUCAUGCCUGCCAGCCGUAGCGAGUUCCACCGCAUCCAGCAGCAGUUGGAGUCGGAGAAGUUUCCCCCUCUGUUUCCUAACGGCAGGCCGCGUGCCUUCCACGAGCUCAACAGGGAAGAGCAGGCUCGCCACGAGAAGAAGCGUCUGGCAGACUACUGCAGGAAGGCCUACAAGAAGGUCCAUCUGACCAGGCUUGAGGAGAGAGUCACCACAAUCUGUCAGAGAGAGAACUCCUUCUACGUGGACACGGUCCGAGCAUUCCGAGAUCGACGUUAUGAGUUUAAAGGACUGCACAAGGUGUGGAAGAAGAAGCUGUCCGCGGCUCUGGAGAGCGGCGACGCGGCCGAGGUGAAGCGCUGUAAGAACAUGGAGAUCCUCUACGACUCUCUGCAGUUGGCACACAAGUGCAUCUUGAACUCCUUCUAUGGCUACGUCAUGAGGAAAGGGGCGCGAUGGUACUCCAUGGAGAUGGCCGGUAUUGUGUGUCACACAGGAGCCAACAUCAUCACCCAGGCCAGGGAGCUGAUUGAGCAAAUUGGGAGGCCCUUGGAGCUGGACACUGAUGGGAUCUGGUGUGUGCUGCCCAACACUUUCCCAGAGAACUUUGUCAUCAAAUCCUCCAAUGAGAAGAAACCCAAAGUGACUAUAAGUUAUCCUGGUGCCAUGCUGAACAUAAUGGUGAAGGAGGGAUUCACGAACCAUCAGUACCAAGAGCUGGUGGACCCGGCCUCGCUGACCUAUGAGAUGCGGCCAGAGAACAGCAUCUUCUUCGAGGUGGACGGCCCAUACCUGGCUAUGAUCUUGCCCGCCUCCAAAGAAGAGGGCAAGAAGCUGAAAAAGAGGUAUGCCGUGUUUAACGAGGACGGCUCUCUGGCGGAGCUGAAGGGUUUCGAGGUGAAGAGGAGGGGUGAGCUCCAGCUGAUUAAGAUCUUCCAGUCCUCCGUCUUCGAGGCCUUCCUCAAAGGCACCACCCUGGAGGAGGUCUACGCCUCUGUCGCCAAAGUCGCAGACUAUUGGCUGGAUGUGCUCUACAGCAAGGCAGCCAACAUGCCCGACGCAGAGCUGUUCGAGCUGAUCGCGGAGAACCGCUCCAUGUCGCGGAAGCUAGAGGACUACGGCGAGCAGAAGUCCACUUCCAUCAGCACGGCCAAGCGCCUGGCCGAGUUCCUCGGCGACCAGAUGGUGAAGGAUGCAGGCCUGAGCUGCCGUUAUGUCAUCUCCCGCAAGCCAGAGGGCUCGCCUGUUACGGAGAGGGCCAUUCCUCUAGCUAUAUUCCAGGCUGAAGCUGGCGUUAAGAAACACUUCCUACGCAAAUGGCUAAAAAUGCCCAGCCUCCAGGACCUGGACAUCAGAUCGAUCCUGGAUUGGGGUUACUACAUUGAGAGGCUGGGCAGUGCUAUACAGAAGAUCAUCACCAUUCCAGCAGCUCUGCAGCAGGUGAAAAACCCUGUGCCCAGAGUGCGUCAUCCAGACUGGCUGCAUAAGAAACUUCUGGAAAAGAAUGACAUCUACAAACAGAAAAAAAUCAGCGAGUUAUUCACCAGUGAAGGAAAGAGACAGGUUUCACAUCAGGUGCAGGAGGCAGGUGAAACACCUGACAUGGAGGAUUUUGGCGUUCCACAGCGCCCCCUGCAGCCUGCUGUUCUAAUCAGCACAAAGAGAAAGCGAGCCUCUCAGGGAGAAGCCAGCCAGACACAGUCUCAGGAGCUGGAGCUCACGCAGUCCUGGAGAGAGAUACUGGGACCACCGCCACCAAUGGGUACAACACAGGAGGAACGCUUGGUCUGGCUACGCUACCAUAAGAAGAAAUGGGAGCUGCAAAUCCGCCAGAGGAAGGAACGCAGGAAGAGACGUCGCUUGAUUGACGGGGAGGCUCAGCCAACCGGAGGCGGCGUAAUCAGGGACGGGCCUGUAACAGGACUGGGAGGUUUCCUGCGGAAGACAGCCCGGAGCAUCUUAGAUAUGCCCUGGCAAAUAGUACAGAUUGCGGAGACCGGUCACCCAGGCUUAUACAAGCUGUGGUCUGUGAUUGGAACUGACCUUCACUGCAUGAAGCUCAACAUCCAACGAGUGUUCUAUGUCAAUCAAAGAGUACCCAAGCAGGAAGAGGGGCCCACAUGCAAAAAGGUAAACCGGAUUUUGCCGCGCUCCAACAUGGCGUAUUACCUGUACCAGUACUGUGUGCCAGAGGACAUGUAUCAGGAGCAUAUCAACGAGAUCAACGCAGACCUCUCUGCCCCAGACAUUGAGGGCGUCUACGAGACGCAGGUGCCCCUACUGUUCCGGGCACUGGUGCAGCUUGGCUGUGUUUGCAUGGUCAACAAGCAGGCAGUGCGGGAGCUGGCCGGCCGCGAUGCUGACACCUUCGACCUGGAGCACCUGGACAUGAGGUCCCUUGCCCAGUUCAGCUAUCUGGAGCCAGGCAGCGUGAGACACAUUUACCUGUACCAUCACAGCCAAGGCCACAAGGCUCUGUUCGGCCUCUUCAUCCCCUCACAACGGAAAGCCAGCGUCUUUGUGCUCGACACGGUUCGAAGUAACCAGAUGCCGAGCCUGAGUGCGCUGUACGGAGCGGAGCGCACGGCUCUGCUGGAGAAGACCAGUGAGGACCUGCUGCCCCCAGAGAAGCACCUGUUUGAGGUGCGAGCUGAGAUGGACAUUAAGGCCGUCUACCGUGCUGUGCAGCGCAUCAUGCUCAGCUAUAAGGAGGAGAGGCGUGGCCCCACCCUCAUCGCCGUGCAGUCCAAUUGGGACGUGCGGCGACUGAGCACGGCCAUGGCGGUGCUGGAAGAAUUCCCCGUGGUGCCCAUCCACGUGACCGACGAGAUCAGCUACAACGUGCUGGACUGGCAGAGGCAUGGAGCGCGGCGCAUGAUAAAACACUACCUGAACCUGGACAGCUGCCUCUCGCAGGCCUUCGACAUGGCCCGAUAUUACCACCUGCCCGUGGGGAACCUCCCCGAGGACAUCUCCAUCUUCGGCUCGGACCUCUUCCUGGCCCGUCACCUGCGCAGACACAACCACCUGCUGUGGCUGUCGCCGACGGCCAGGCCAGACCUGGGCGGCAAGGAGGCAGACGACAGCCGCCUGGUCACGGAGGGCGAGGAGCGUGCCUCCGUGGAGAUCAACACACAAGGCUGCUACUCCACAGUGUGUGUGGAGUUGGACAUUCAGAGCUUGGCCGUCAAUACCAUCCUCCAGUCUCAGCAUGUUAAUGACAUGGAGGGCGGGGCCAGUGUGGGCGUGAGCUUUGACGUCAUCCAGCACGCGUCCCUGGAGGAAAUGAUGUCAGGCACUCCGGGGUCAAACGCAGUAGCCAGCUACGAUGAAACCGCCCUAUGCUCCAGCACAUUCAGGAUCCUGAAGAGCAUGGUGGUGGGCUGGGUGCGGGAGAUCACCCAGUACCACAACGUCUAUGCUGAUAACCAGGUGAUGCACUUCUACCGCUGGCUGCGCUCUCCUAGCUCACUGCUGUACGACCCUGCUCUGCACCGCACGCUGCUCAACAUGAUGAAGAAGAUCUUCCUGCAACUGGUUGCUGAGUUUAAGCGUCUGGGCUCCUCCGUGGUCUACGGGAACUUCAACAGAAUCAUCCUCAGUACCAAGAAGCGCCGUAUCGACAAUGCCAUCGCAUACGUGGAGUACAUCACUAACAGUAUCCACGCGCGUGAGCUCUUCCACUCUCUGUCCAUCACCUUCUCCCGAUGCUGGGAGUUCCUGCUGUGGAUGGAUCCUUCCAACUACGGAGGCGUGAAGGGGAAGGUGCCCCCCAGCGUCCUGUACGGAGAGGAGAGGAAAGAAAAGAAGGAAGGAGCGGAUGAGGACAGCGAGAAUGAUGAAGAUGAAGAUGAUGAACAGGAAGGUGAUGAGCAAGGUGGAGAUGAAGAUGACGUGGAGGACCUGAUUGAGAGCAACUGGAACAUCAUGCAAUACCUACCUCAAGCCGCUUCUUGUCAGAAGUACUUCCUCAUGAUCAUCUCAGCUUACAUAGCUGCUGUGUAUCACAGCAUGAGGGAGGAGCUUAGGCGGAAUGCUCCUGGAGCCACGCCUAUAAAAAGGCGGGGUGGGAGCCAAGGAACCCAACAGCCUGCUGGGGAUGUCAGUGCACUGCCUGGCCUGAUCACAUUCUCUCAGGAAUACGUAUGCAGCGAACUCACCCAGAAUGUCUUCACCAUCACGCAGAAGAUCCAGAAGAAGGUGUCCGGAAGCCGUGGCGUGACCCUGCCCUCCGAGAUGUUCCCUGUUCUGCCCGGGUCACACCUGCCCCUCAACAACCCUGCCCUGGAGUUCAUCAAAUAUGUGUGUCAGGUCCUCUCGCUGGACGCUAACAUCACGAACCAGGUGAAUAAGCUAAAACGCGAUCUCCUGCGUCUCGUGGACAUCGGUGAGUUCUCGGAGGAGGCCCAGUUCUGUGACCCGUGCAACUCUUACAUCCUGCCAGAGGUCAUCUGCCACCACUGCAACUUCUGUCGCGACCUUGACCUCUGCAAGGACCCUUCCGUAGCCCAGGAUGGCUCAGUCCUGCCCCAGUGGUUCUGCUCGAACUGCCAGGCCCAGUACGACACCAACGCCAUCGAGGUGACCCUGGUGGAAGCCCUGCAGAAGAAGCUCAUGACCUACACGCUGCAGGACCUGGAGUGCGGCAAAUGCAAAGGGGUGAAGGAAGCCAACAUGCCUCUCUACUGCAGCUGCGCAGGAGACUUCAAGCUCUCAUACACCAGACAGAGCUUCUUGGAGCAGGUCGGCGUCUUCCGGAACAUCGCUGCACACUAUAACAUGAACUUCCUGCUGGAGACCAUCGACUGGAUCCUGAGCAUGAUAAUUUAGUGAGAGUGUGUGUGUGAGGGAGGGAGAGAGAGAGAGAGUGAGUGGG